AUGACCAACUCCUUCAAAGAAAAAAUAGGCGAAGCUGAGUAUGAUACUGUAUACAAAGGAAAAUUACACAAUGGCAUUCAUGUUGCAGUAAAGGUUUUUGAUGAGUCAAACUCAAUACAUGAUACUGGAGUAGUAUUUAUGAACGAGGUGACAACUGUUAGCAGAACUUCCCAUGUCAACGUUGUUGCCUUGUUGGGUUUUUGCUCUGAGGGUCGAAGAAAAGCUCUCAUCUAUGAGUUCAUGCCCAAUGGAUCUCUCGAGAAAUAUAUAUUUAAGGAUAAUCAUUUAUUGGGAUGGGAAGCACUUUUUCAAAUUUCACUUGGCGUUGCUCAAGGACUCGAAUAUUUACAUCGUUGUUGUAAUAUACGAAUUCUGCAUUUUGGUAUAAAGCCGCAUAGUAUUCUUCUUGACGAAGAUUUCUCACCUAAAAUUGCCGGUUUUGCUCAUGCUAGAGUAUGUACCACAAAAGAAAGUAUAACAUCAACAUCAGGAGCGAGAGGGACUAUAGGAUAUAUAGCUCCUGAAUUGUUUUGGAGAAGUUUUGGAGGGGUUUCACACAAGUCUGAUGUGUAUAGCUAUGGAAUGACCGUUUUACAAAUGGUUGGACUUGGAGGCAGAAAGAUUCUCAAUGCUACAGCUGAUUGUUCAAGUGAAAUAUAUUUUCCAGAAUCGAUGUACGAACGGCACUUUGAGUUAGAUGAAGAUCUUGGAUUGACGAGAAUUACAAACGAAGAAGACAAUGAAAAAGUGAGGAAGAUGGUAAUGACGGGGCUAUGGUGUGUACAGACUCACCCUUCAAAUAGGCCAACAAUGAGCAGAGUCAUAGAAAUGUUGGAAGGCAGUCUUGAUUCCUUACAAGUUCCACCGAAGCCAUUAUGGUAUUCUCCCUUGAGAUCGCAAACCGGUUCUUCUAACCACGUGACUACAUCAAAUGGUGCAAGUGACGAGGAUUAA